CCUCCGCUUCCAGCAAUGGUUUCCUCCGCACUCUCCCGUCUCCUCCCCGCGAGCAGCGCGCGAGGCGCUAGUCCGGCCGAGGGGCGCCUGCGCAGUGCCCGAGGCAGCAUGAGCGGGGAUCUGUGGGAGCGGCGGCGCCUGCUGGAGGAGCGGGUCCGGGCCUUCCCGGACUUCCCCUCCCCCGGGGUGCUCUUCCGUGAUAUCACCCCUUUGCUAAAGGAUCCUAUAGCCUUCAGGACUGUGAUUGAUAUUUUGGAACAUCGUGUGAGGACACACUAUCCACAGAUCGACUUCAUUGCGGGUCUGGAUUCUCGUGGUUUCCUCUUUGGCCCAGUUCUGGCACAGAGACUAGGGAUUGGCUGUGUGUUAAUACGAAAAAAGGGGAAGCUUCCAGGUCCCACAGAAUCCGUCUCAUACACUCUUGAAUAUGGCCAGGCUGAACUUGAAAUCCAGAGCGAUGCCUUGGAACCGGGAGAGAAAGUGAUCCUCGUUGAUGACCUGCUUGCAACUGGAGGUACCAUGUGUGCAGCCUGUGAGCUGAUGAAGAAGCUGAAGGCUGAUGUCCUAGAGUGUGUGGUGGUCAUCGAGUUAAAAUCUCUGAAAGGGGCAGAAAAACUGAAACCCUUCCCAGUCUACUCUCUGCUGCAAUAUGACUAAUGAGCUUCAGAUGAGAGAAGGUUGCUAUGGUCUGAUUGAGGCUGCCUUCUGAAGAUCUGCUGCUGUUUCUUAUCUUGAUCAAUUGUUUGAAGGCAACAAGCACGUUUUUGGGUGUGAGGAAUGGGAGGUGUGGAUAAUACGUUCCUAUACUAACCUUGACUUCAGUUUAGGUAUUGAACAGGUGCUAUAUCCUAACUACUCCUGUUUAUUUUCCAAGUCAAAGAUUAAAACUUCCUUUUAGAGAUCAAUGCGUAAAUGGUGCUGCUAAGGGCAGUAGUGAGCUAGAUGGAGAACUGAGGUGAUGCCUUUUGUGGGACACAUGUACUGGCUUUUGUUUUCAGCCAAAAAUAGUCAGUACCAUGCUGAGACUUUGUAAUAGGCUCAUUAGAAAUACCAGAGAUGGAAAUGAAUUAUUAUAAAACAGUUCAACAUCGUAUCUGGCUUCAGAAGAUUGGAUGCAAUGUUCUCUGCUUUCCUUUGGGACGCUGUGUGCGUUUGUGUUCCUUCCUGGCAGCGGAAUGGGCUAUUCAUGUGGGAAAGGCAGGGACUGCAGAUGGCAAUGCAGAGUUGGUACAAAUGAAUCAUUAGACCCACCCCUCCUGUUUUCUAAAGAAGGUAGGAAGCUUCUCCCCAUUACAGCAAGGGCAGUUAGACCUCUCUUGUUCCAGCUCAAUUCUGCUAAACUUGCUGCGCUGUUUAUGCCCCCUUAUUCUGGGGAAGCUGAUAGAGCUGAAGGUAGUUUUGAGUGGGGGAAAAAGUUGUCCUUCAAUCUAAAAAUACCAUUUAGAAGCCUUUGUAUCAUUCCAAUCUCGUGUUAGGUUUUGCUGUGUGCUGCUACAGCUGCGGGUUUGGUGAGAAAUGAGGAAGGGCUUUGAGAUUUUCUUGUGGUUGGGUGGAAGGAAUCCGUUUCUCUAGAUCAGUGAAAACUAACAUGGUAUUGGGCAUCUGUACGAUGGCCUCUUUUACUGCAUCCACAUGCUUGGGUUACAGCUGUUCUGUCAACCUUGUGAACUGUACACAUUGGAAUUCUUCAAUUUGCAAUGCUAAUGGAGCGGUGGUGACUUGUUCAAUAUAAGAAAUGGGUGCAAGUCCCCAGCAUGUCAUGCAUGUUUUGCAUGAGAUAGGAUGAGCAACUUUUGACAUGCUCCCUUCUAUUAUUUAUACAGUAAAGUUCCCUGGACUCUGCCUUUAGCCUCAGGUUCCAGCAAACUGAAAGGUUACUCGGAGCUUGGGUUGAUACUGUUGUCUUCCCUCCCCUCCCCCUCCCCCUUCCAAUCAACUUCCUUGUUCCAAAAUACCAUCCAGUAUUGGCACAGCUAAAAAGGGAAGGGAAAGAGGAACUAUGCUCACUUUGAGUGCUUUUAGCAUGAGCUCUAAUAUUAACAGCAUUCUAGUUACUAUGGUGGACAAAGUUUGAUAGGCAGAUUUUUAGAAAAUAGACUCCUAAUUGCAGUGUGUGAUCUAGCUAUAACAUCCAACUCUGUCACAAACACUUACCAAUCAGAGCCAGGGUACCAAAAUCUCCUUAUGGAUGAGAAAGGAUGCUUUGGAUUGUAACUAAUAUUUGUAAUGGCUGUCUUCAAUUGAAUCGGUAGCUGCUUAGUAAAUAAAUAUGGAUCUUUUAAUUCUCAAAACUA